UGCUACCUCUACAUGCCUGAGCCAGCAGACAAAGCAAGCACGGAUGAAGUUGGUACGGUUACCCCGGGGCUUGCUGUUUCCUCCUUGGGUCAGACGAAUCACAGAGACUCCCCUGCCCCCUGUCCGCUACUGAGCUGAAAAUCCACCUCUGGGAUUUAACCUGCUGCUUCUGAAUUUCCUCCUCUCCUGCCUGUCUCACUCUGCUUCUUCCACCCACCUUCCCCCCUCUUCAACACUCCCUGGACCAGAGCUGGAUUCUGAUGGAACUGCCAAGAUGUUCAUGUCCAGAAUCCUGGAUUUUCAGAAGACAAGAUAUGCCAGGUUUAUGAAUCACAGGGUCCCGUCCAACCGGAGAUACCAGCCAACGGAGUAUGAGCACGCAGCGAACUGUGCCACGCAUGCCUUCUGGAUUAUCCCCAGCAUCCUGGGCAGCUCCAUCCUCUACAUCCUCUCAGAUGACCAUUGGGAGACCAUCUCAGCCUGGAUAUAUGGGUUUGGCUUGUCUGGCCUCUUCACUGUCUCCACCAUCUUUCACACCAUCUCCUGGAAGAAGAGACACCUCAGAACAGUGGAGCACUGCCUGCAUAUGUUUGACCGGAUGGUGAUCUACUUCUUCAUAGCAGCAUCGUAUGCCCCCUGGUUGAACCUACGGGAGUUGGGUCCCUGGGCCUCCCACAUGCGCUGGAUCAUCUGGAUCAUGGCAUCUAUCGGAACCAUCUAUGUUUUCUUCUUCCAUGAGCGGUACAAGCUGGUGGAGCUGGUGUGCUACGUUAUCAUGGGAUUCUUCCCCGCCCUGGUGAUCUUUUCAAUGCCGAACCGAGAUGGCCUCUUGGAGCUGAUGGCUGGUGGGCUUUUUUACUGCCUGGGCACGGUGUUCUUCAAGAGUGAUGGGCGCAUCCCCUUUGCCCAUGCCAUCUGGCACCUCUUCGUGGCAACCGGAGCGGGCAUCCACUACUAUGCCAUUUGGCGGUACCUCUACCGGCCCAACGCGCUGGAGGCCAAGACGUCCAGAUAAGAGCCCCAAACGACACGGGACACGCAAAUCGGCACUUGGGGGCAGAUUUCCCAAGGAGCUUGGCUCUGAUUCCUGACGGAAAGCCAUUCCCAGGGCCCGCUCCCCUGAUGGGAGGGAGUCUCUGGUGUCCGUUUCCAGACAAUCUCACGCAGACGGAAGAGCCCGAAAGGUUUAUUUUAAACUGAUUUUAACCUUGUAUAGUGUUCGGUUGUUAGGCAAAUGUUUUGUAACAAAAUGAACAGCUAAUGGGGUUGCUGGCAGAGCGGACUGACCCGACCAGGGCAAUGGUCUUUGUACUAAGGCUUUGUUCACAUGGUCCCGAACAACCUUGAAAAUUGCAAAACCCUCGUCCAGAUGGGAGCCCCGAACCAGCAGGAGCCCAGUCUCUGCAGUUCUGGCUGCUGGACCCUCUGGCGGCUUUCAAGGGGAGAGGCUACCCUUAGAUAGAAGCUGUUAGCUCCAGGAGGGACACUAGAGGCUGGUGAUGCAUGAAGGUGGAUAGGCAGAAUGGACACUUAACACCAGAGAACACCACCAGCAUAAGGUACCAGGUUUGUUUCCCACUCUAACGAGUUUCCAUUGGCAGAUAGUUAAGGGGACAGCUUCUUAAACAAGGCUCCUUGAUUCUGCCCAGAAAGGAGAGCAGGCAGGAGAUGUCAGACCUCACAUGUCUGUCAUCUGACGGGGCUCUAUUUUAGGGGUUUUUUUCCUUAAAGGGCUAGCCUCCCGCUCCCUCUGCCCCCACUGUACAACUAACUUCGGGGAAAGCAGGUUCUUGUAGCAGCGACGAGCAAGGUGAACCUGAGCUUGGUUUAAUCAGGGGCAGUUAAGAUCACGUUUCCCCGGCCCACAGCAUUCUGAAGGCAGAGAGCGGGGCUGGAAAAGAGGUUCUGGGUUUGGCCAGUCUGUAGCAGCAGGAUAAAAUCUUAGUGUGGGGUCUGAUUGGGAUCCCAAGUGUGGAGGUGGGAUGCAAAGGGAGUCAGGGAGCCUGCCUCACCCUAGGAUGUUACCACUCAUAGGACCAAGUUUAACUCUGGCCUGGGGACCGACUGGCCCUGGGGCUGAAUUCCCUUUUUGAAUACAGCUGCCAGUGUCGCAGUCUGCCAGAGAAGGAGCAGGGCGGGCCGUUCCUAGGUUUCCGUAGGGAGAGUUGUUUCCAUUGACGUUUUAAAUCUCGUCUCUGUAGAGUGGGGAGGAUUCGCACGCUGUAUCCCUGUGCACAGCUCUUUAGCUGUAUCCAGAGGAAACCGCUCCCAUUCUAGGGCUUUCGUCACUCUUGUUUCCACGCAGAGAUUUCGGUGCGUACGUCUAUGCAGUGCAAAGAGACCCAUGCCAGCAAGUCUCAGAGCCUGGGUUGACUGACUCCGGCUCGCGCUGCAGGGCUAAACAUAGCAGUGUGGACAUUCAAGUGCGGGAUGGAGCCUGGGCUCUGAGACCCUCCCCACUUGCAGGGUUUCAGAGCCCAGGCCCAGCUCAAACAGCUGCCUCCCCAGCCCCCAUCGGUUGACUCUGGCUCUGAGACUUGCUGCUGUGGGGUUUUUAGCUGUGUAGAUGUAUCCUUAGCGAUUUCACUCCUUCUGUAUCCUUUUGAAAGGCUCUGUACAUGCAAAGGUGUCUAUUCUUCUCUGCUCUCCUCCUGCUGCUGGGUGAGGAUCCCUUAUAUUGCCACAGACCCUCUAGUUACUAAGGGGGUGUCAAAAUGCGCAUGGUUAGCAUGCCAGAACAAUGGGCUAAGCACCAGCAGUUUCUGUUGACUUCUACUAAGGUUGCAGGUGCGCAGCACUUUGGAAAAUCUGUGUUGUCCAAGGCUUCGGUAUGCAGCAAAUAGGGCAGGGGUGAAAGUGAGCCGGUACGGGCCGUUACGGUGUACCGGUAAGAAGCCAGUACCGGCCCGUAUGCAGCCCACGUUAACGUCAUUGCCCCUUUUGCCCACCCCGGGCCGCCGACAGGGCAGGGCAAAAGGGCA